CGCGCCCCCGCGGCGGCCCCGCGGCCCAGCGCGCCUCCGACCCCGGGCCCCGCCGCCGCCGCCGCCGCCAUGGCCCGGCCGCUGGUGCCCAGCUCGCAGAAGGCGCUGCUGCUAGAGCUCAAGGGGCUGCAGGAGGAGCCGGUGGAGGGCUUCCGGGUGACCCUGGUGGACGAGGGCGACCUGUACAACUGGGAGGUGGCCAUCUUCGGGCCCCCCAACACCUACUACGAGGGCGGCUACUUCAAGGCACGCCUCAAGUUUCCCAUCGACUAUCCCUACUCCCCGCCGGCCUUCCGGUUCCUGACCAAGAUGUGGCAUCCCAACAUCUAUGAGACGGGGGAUGUGUGCAUCUCCAUCCUCCACCCCCCAGUCGAUGACCCCCAGAGCGGGGAGCUGCCCUCAGAGCGGUGGAACCCCACCCAGAACGUCAGGACCAUCCUGCUAAGCGUCAUCUCCCUCCUCAACGAACCUAACACCUUCUCCCCGGCGAACGUGGAUGCCUCUGUGAUGUACAGGAAGUGGAAGGAGAGCAAAGGCAAGGACCGGGAGUACACGGACAUCAUCAGGUUUGCCAAAAGCCGCCAACAACCCAGCUGUGCAGCCGCAGGCCAGGAGGGAGCAAGCCGUGGCCUGUCCACGCAGCGCCAGAAAGCACGUCGGCGUCUGCCGGACAGAAUUGAAAAGACACAGCAGAACCUCUGGGGGGAGGGUCAGGGUCAGUGUCCAGGACACCCGUGGGUCAGAACUCCCCGCCGUGCCCUCUACGCUGGCGUUUCCCGCAGACGCAGCCACAGAAUCCACCUGUGUGCUGAGGCGUCAACCCGCUCGUGACAGAGGAGCACGCACGACCCACUAGGAGCGGAAAGGGAGCGCUGUAACGUUGGCGCCUGACGGGUUUCGUGUAGCCUUCCAGACCCCCACCCACCGCUACCUCCCUGGGCCACCACUGAUCUUAUGUCCUAGAAACGUGGAGAACAGCGCCGUCCACGUGCCUCACACACUAUUCCCCGUUGUGGGUGAGUGCUCCCUGCCGUCCACACUGCAUGGCUUCACACCGCAUGGAUGCAGGUGUCGUUGGGGAGUCCACAUAUGUAGCCACAGGCCUUCCGUCUGGAGGACCCGUUUCUGUUUAUUUUAGUUCUCUUUUUUCUGAGUAAAGUUGUGCCAGUUUUCUCCUGUA